ACCCGGUUGCAACGGGCGCGUACAAACGUAUCAUGCUGGGUAGGGCCGGUGCCGAGAUGCCGGCUUGUAAACGAAACCAGUUUGCUAUCCGAUACGAUCCAGGCAACAGCGGCCUCGCGUGAUAUCCCCACGGCCGAGGAGGAGAAACGUCAGCGCGCUUUCCGCCGGUGACCCCGCGGAUAUCUACCUGGCGAACGUCGUUACCCGCCUCGAGACUCGGUUGACAGUUCCGUCGGGGGUGAGAUUACUCCAGUCUGGGGCACGCAGGCGAUCGGUCAUCAUCCGGCGGCCGAUCGCGACCGUCGUAGUUGCGAUUGUUAGUUAAGACCGUCCAGUGCCACCUAGGACAGCCGGGGGCGACCGGAAGUGCCUAGCGGACGCCGAGUCGUGUCGAGAGGGCCGCUCUUGUCAGUCGUAAUCGGAACGGCGAACCUCGAAGAGAGACGCCUCGCCUCGUGUCGAGGUGAAAAAAAGUUGUUCGCGCGCACGAUCGAUCGGCGAGGAUCGAGCGACCGGUGAAUAAAUCCGUUCGAGCGACAAUCCCGUAACAACACGUUCAGUGCUCGAGGUAACGUGAAGUGCGGUUCCGUAAUAUACGGAAGUUAAGGUAGGUCCGAGUGAUCCGAUGGAACGAGGUGAUUAGAACAUGGAUCCGCUGGUGGGUGCGUCAUGAAAGCUCCGAAAAGCAAGCACAAAUCGAGUCGGAGAGUUCGUUGAGUCGUACGAUCGGUGCUGCCGGUGGGUGACUGUCUCCGAUAACUAGAGAAAGAAAGAGAGAGAGAGAGUGAGAGAGAGAGAGAGAGAGAGAGAGAGACGGUCGCCAGGAUCCCAAAGCUCGAGGAACAAGAGAUGUCAGCCGUAGCGCCAGCAGGAACCGGUGCCGCCGCACCCACCGCAAACGGUCCUAUCGUUCCUGCCCCCGUUUUCGCGUUGCCGACAUUGUCGUUCACCGUCGGCCAGGUUGCCACCGUCUGUGAGACCCUGGAGGAGAGCGGCGACAUCGAGAGGCUGGCCAGGUUCCUCUGGAGCCUGCCGGUCGCGCACCCGAACAUCCAGGAGCUGAACCAGAGCGAGGCGGUGCUCAGGGCGAGGGCCAUCGUCGCCUUCCACUCGGGACAUUACAGGGAGCUGUACGCCAUUUUGGAGAGGCACAAGUUCACCAAGGACUCGCACGGCAAGUUGCAGGCGAUGUGGCUCGAGGCCCAUUAUCAGGAGGCCGAGAAGCUCCGCGGCAGGCCGCUGGGCCCGGUCGACAAGUAUCGGGUCCGCAAGAAAUUCCCUCUGCCGAGGACCAUCUGGGAUGGCGAGCAGAAGACCCAUUGCUUCAAGGAGAGGACCAGGUCGUUGCUCAGAGAGUGGUACCUGCAGGAUCCUUAUCCGAACCCCGGCAAGAAGAGAGAGCUGGCCGCCGCUACCGGUCUUACGCCGACUCAGGUGGGCAAUUGGUUCAAGAACAGGAGGCAACGGGACCGCGCUGCUGCUGCGAAAAACAGAAUGCAGCAACAAUCUGGCGCAGGAAACGGAAAUACAAGGCGCGCGCUUAGCCCCGGCCCGGGCGGCAGCGAUUCGGAGGACUCUGACAUUUCUCUCGGCGGAACGUCGCCUCCGUCGCCGAGUUCCUCGCCUCCGCCGACUCAUCAACCAUCUCCUGUUCCUCUCGGGCCCCUCGGACCUCUGCCUCCUCCAUCCUUAAAUUUCCGCUUCGAUCCGUCGCAAUCGCAGUUUCGAUUCAACCACGCGACGGCUUUCAAGUUCCCGCCGUCGGGUUUCCGGUUUGGACCGCACAGCCCGCAACACAAUCAUCCGAACAUCUCAGGUGGCGGGAUCUUCAGGCUGACGGAAACGAGCCCGUUCCAGGCUGUAGGACCCAGGGGUGAUCUAGGAUCGAGACUGCCGGAUCCCUUGGGACUGCCACCCCCGCGGCUGCACCCGCACGAGGGUCUGUUGCACCACCCGCACGUCCCGCACCAGCUGCCGGAAGGGAUGUCCAGGUUAUCGGACGGCUCGCGACUUUCCGACGGCGGGAUCUCGCGUUUGUCGGACAGCCUAUCGGAAGCGCACAGCCCGCCGUUAAUGGCGACGAAUCUGUCGGUGACGGGUCCGCUAAGGGUUGCAGUGCCGAGCCCUCACACGCCUUCCUCGCGGGGCAGCCCGCCGUUGAGCCAGCAGACUCCUCAGGGUCAGUCCCAAGGCCAGGGAUUGAUAAGGGUCGUGACACCACCGGCGAACCCGAAACCGCCGCAGAUCCACAGACCGUUCUCGCCGGCGUGAUACGACAAGGAGGAUGAUCCCGACGAGGUCGUGCUGGAGGGACAACAGGAACAGGAAGAGGAACGGGAUCGGCCCACGGUGCAGGAGACGACCGCGAGCAACGGUGAACAGCAGUUCGUCGGGAAGCGGUUCGAAGUAUUGUGAGAUCGAUCGGAGUGAACGCGACGCGAGGGAAGAGUCUCGCGAGUUUUCGCGAGGGCGACUCGGACUCGGAGCGGAAUUCUCCCACGAAAACGCGCGGCGAUCGCUCGAGAUCAAAGAACGAGCUGUUCGAGGAGCGGCCGAAGAGUCGAGGAAUCGAGGGUCGCGAGAAAUCAAUCAACGACGCGAGAAAUCCGCGUAUCGGAGGUGUGUUAGGACCGCGUUCCAAGGACGCCGCGGUCCUCUCGGAGCCACGGUUCCCGUUGCUUCACGUCAAGGACACGUGGCCGGAAUCCAUCGGAUCGUCGGCGCAUCGUUGGACAGAUCGCGCGCGGUCGGACGUGUGCAAUUUAAUCGAAGAUAAAAGAGACACCGGAAGCAACCAGAGCGCGUGUAAAUAGCCGGCGGAGACUCUAGGACCAGUCACGGAGCGAUCUGCCACGACAUGCUGAACAAAAGGACUCAGUGUAGUGUGAUGUUACUUCGUAGUUUGUACAUAGCGACGCUUUCGCGAAACCAAAAAAUCGAAAGGGAAGCGCGAUUCGGAGCCACGUGUGCCGCUCGAGCUGUCCCGAUAUCACUAAAUCGAAUCUCCGAUGGACGGACGCACGUGGUGCGCGUCAUCGAUGAGAACAGAGUAAGCCUUUUUCUCUGGAUCGUCGCGGGAUGAUCGAAGCCGGCCGCGCCGAAGUGAUCCGUACGAAAUUGUAACGAAGCAAAAACCCCCUUUGUACUCGCGGACGGCGUGUUCACGUCGUCGACGACGUUCCAACGCGCAAAGCGCACAAUUAUUAAAAAAAAACAAAAACAAAAUGCUUGCCGACGAACGAAAAGGAAACAGUGAGUCGCGGAGGACACGAGCCGCUCGAGAAUCGUACGAGAAACACGGAAGACGCGCGCGUGCGCGCGUCAUCCUCGUCCCCUGUUAGCCUAAGUAGAGAUUAGCGAACGUGUACAUUUCCGAAAUCAACUUGGUCCCCCCGUUGAACGGUUUCGCUCUGGGAAUAACGAGCCGCGACACGACUCGGGAACGUUCGACCACGCGAGAACCGAUCGAUCGAUCGAUCGAUCGUUCGUUCGUUCGAUCCUAUGGAGCUCGACGUGGCGGAGAAUCCGGAGGUGCGCGGAGUGCAGACGUCCUGCCGUUCGCGUUUCCUUUUUCUCUUUGUAGAUACGCAUACGUACAGUACACACGCAUACACGCAGCGAACAAACAGGAAACAGAUUAGCGAAUUUCUUGUAUAAUCGGCCCUUAUAAAUAUUGAACAUACUACCGAUCUAUGUAUACAUAGGUACCUUACGUAAAAGACUAUUAACGACGGAAUUAUACAUAUAUAAAUAUACGGAGGAGAGAAUAAAUCAUUAUUAUUAUUAUUAUUAUUAUUACGAUUAUUAUUAUUAUUAUUAUUAUCAUUAUUAUUAAUUAUUAUUAAUAUUAUUAUUUGCGCCUGUACAUAACAUUCACGCGAAAAUAUAUUAACAGAUUAUUAUGACAUUACAACAAAA